AUGGCCUCCCGUACUUAUGAAAUCAUGAAGGUAGAAGAGGAAAAGAGAGGGGUAAUAGAAGACGAGAAGAAGAAUGGAGAUGCUGCCAACAAAGCUUUUCCAUUCUAUAUGCUUUUGAGCUAUGCAGAUACACUGGAUUGGACUCUUAUGGCACUGGGGACCUUGGGUUCCAUAGUACAUGGCAUGGCUCAACCUGUUGGAUAUCUGUUGCUAGGCAAAGCUCUUAAUGCAUUUGGGGACAACGUUAAUAACAUCGAUGGCAUGGCUAAGGCAAUCAAGAAGGUUGUUCCCUUCGUAUGGUACAUGGCUUUCGCCACAUUCCCUGCUGGAGUACUAGAGAUUGGAUGCUGGAUGUAUGCAAGUGAAAGACAAAUGGCACGACUAAGAUUAGCAUUCCUGAGAGCAAUGCUCAACCAAGAAAUUGGUGCAUUUGAUACAGAUUUAACAAGUGGGAAAAUAAUUAGUGGAAUGAGUUAUGACAUGAGUAUCAUACAAGAUGCAAUAGGGGAGAAGUUGGGCCAUUUUCUUUCAAGCUUUGCAACAUUCUUUUCAGCAAUCUUUAUUGCUGCGAUAUGCUGUUGGGAAGUUUCCCUGCUUAUGUUUGUGGUUGCUCCUAUGAUUCUUGUGAUUGGAGGUACCUACACCAAGAAAAUGAAUGCUAUUUCAGCUACUAAGAUGCUCUACAUAUCAGAAGCUACGUCCCUGGUAGAACAGACUUUCUCUCAAAUCAAAACUGUAUUUGCUUUUGUUGGAGAGAAUUCUGCAAUUAAAUCGUUCUCAGAGUGUUUGGAGAAACAGUUCUCCUUAAGCAAAGGGGAAGCACUGAUAAAAGGAGUUGGAACCGGCAUGUUUCAAACUGUUACCUUCUGUGCCUGGGCUUUGAUCAUUUGGAUUGGAGCUAUUGCUGUCACUUCCAGGAAAGCAAAAGGAGGGGAUGUUAUUGCUGCGGUGAUGAGCAUUCUCUUUGGAUCCGUAUCACUUACUUUUGCCGCACCAGACAUUGAAAUAUUUAAUCAGGCAAAGGCUGCAGGAUAUGAGGUUUUCAAGGUGAUCCGAAGAAAGCCAGCUAUCAGUUAUGAUUCAAGGGGAAAAGAAGUUGAGAAGAUUGGUGGCAACAUCAAAAUACGUGAUGUAUAUUUUGCUUACCCUUCUCGGCCAGAAAAGUUGAUCCUUCAAGGAUUUUCAUUGUCAAUUCCAGCAGGAAAGAUGGUUGCUUUAGUGGGCAGCAGUGGUUGUGGAAAGAGUACUGUUAUCUCCUUAGUUGAAAGGUUCUAUGAUCCCUCCAAAGGGGAGAUUCUAAUUGGCGAUCAUAACAUCAAGGAUCUUGAUUUGAAGUUCCUUCGGAAGAAUAUUGGAGCAGUAUCCCAAGAACCAUCACUCUUUGCUGGCACUAUCAAGGACAAUAUCAAAGUAGGAAAUAUGGAUGCCAACGACAGACAGAUCCAGGAUGCAGCAAUAAUGGCGAAUGCACAUACUUUUGUCUCUCAACUUCCAAAUCAUUAUUCAACGGAGGUAGGCCAAAGAGGAGUCCAGUUAUCGGGAGGACAGAAACAGAGAAUUGCCAUAGCAAGAGCUAUUCUAAAGAAUCCUCCAAUUCUUUUACUUGAUGAGGCAACAAGUGCACUUGAUUCGGAGUCGGAGAAACUGGUCCAAGAUGCCCUGGAGAAGGCUAUGCAGGGGAGGACAGCUAUCCUGAUUGCACACAGGAUGUCAACCAUUAUCAAUGCUGAUAUAAUUGCAGUAGUGGAGAAUGGACAAGUUACAGAAACGGGAACACACCGCAGCUUGUUAGACUCUAGCAGGUUCUACAAAAAUUUGUUCAGCAUUCAGAACAUUGGCCCAAUUCGUGAGUCAAGGGCUAGUGAAGCCACUGAAGAAGCUAUUACUACUGAUCAACAGUUUUCACCUCCAGACAUUGAGCAAAAGGAGGAAACAAAAGAUCUUGACGGACAUCUUAGUGAAUCUUCCAAGCAAGUGGAAUGGAAAAGAAGAAAAAACACAAUUACAUUCUUCAGAAUCUGGUUUGGCUUAAAAAAAGGAGAGCUUGCAAAAGUUGCAACUGGUUCCAUAGCAGCAGCUUUUGCUGGUGUUUCAAAGCCAUUUUUUGGAUUCUUCAUCAUUACUGUAGGAGUAGGAUACUACAAGAAAGAUGCAAGGCAGAUGGUUGGGAGGUAUUCCAUUAUCUUCUCUCUAAUAGGAUUGCUAGCUUUAGUCAUGCACACCCUGCAGCAUUACUUCUAUGGAGUGGUUGGAGAAAAGGCCAUGGCAAACCUCAGGCGUGCUCUGUAUUCAGGAAUGCUACGAAAUGAGUUAGCAUGGUUUGAGAAACCUGAGAAUAGUGUUGGUUCACUUACUUCAAGGGUCAUCAAUGACACCUCCAUGGUCAAAACCAUAAUUUCUGAUCGGAUGUCUGUUAUUGUCCAAUGUGUUUCUUCCAUACUAAUUGCAACGGUUGUUAGCAUGAUUGUAAACUGGAGAAUGGGUCUGGUAGCUUGGGCUGUGAUGCCUUGCCACUUUAUCGGUGGACUCAUUCAGGCCAAAUCUGCCAAAGGAUUUGCGGGUAACUCUGCUGCUACACACCAUGAAGUUGUCGCCCUUGCUUCUGAGUCUGCAGCCAACAUAAGAACCAUUGCAUCGUUUUGCCAUGAAGAGCACAUAAUCAGGAGAGCCGCAUUGUCCUUGGAAAAGCCAAAGAAAAGAAGCAGGAAAGAAAGUAUUAAGUAUGGGAUCAUUCAAGGCUUUUCCCUUUGCUUAUGGAAUAUUGCUCAUGCUGUUGCUUUAUGGUAUACAACGAUUUUAGUUGGCAGACGACAAGCAAGUUUCGUAGAUGCCAUAAGAUCAUACCAGAUUUUCUCCCUCACAGUACCUUCAAUCACUGAACUAUGGACGUUGAUCCCUGCUGCCAUUUCCGCGAUCAAUGUCCUAACUCCUGCAUUUGAAACUCUUGACCGGAGAACAGAAAUCGAACCUGAUACACCAGAGGACUCCCACCUUGAGAGGAUUAAAGGAAAAAUCGAAUUCCAAAAUGUUAAAUUUAACUAUCCCUCACGGCCAGAAGUGACUGUUCUCAACAACUUCAGUUUACAAAUUGAACCAGGGACCAAAAUAGCUCUUGUUGGGCCAAGUGGAGCUGGCAAGUCCUCUGUGCUGGCCAUUUUGCUAAGGUUCUAUGAUCCAUGGAAGGGAAGGGUUCUUAUUGAUGGCAAGAAUAUAAAGGAAUAUAAUCUGAGGAUGUUAAGGAGACAAAUUGGGCUGGUGCAACAAGAACCACUUCUUUUUAGUUCCUCAAUAAGAGACAACAUCUGCUACGGGACUGAACAUGCUUCCGAGACUGAAAUUGUGGAGGUAUCAAGAGAAGCAAACAUACAUGAGUUCAUAAGCAAUUUGCCUGAGGGUUACGAUACAGUAGUUGGGGAAAAAGGGUGCCAACUUUCAGGUGGACAAAAGCAAAGAAUAGCCAUUGCAAGAACCCUAUUAAAGAGGCCUGCAAUCUUGCUUCUGGAUGAAGCAACAAGUGCACUUGAUGUAGAGUCUGAAAGAACCAUAGUAAACGCCCUGGAAUCCAUAGACAAGGAGGGAAAUGGCGGAUUCUUGUCUAGACCAACCCAGAUUACAGUUGCACAUAGACUGUCCACGGUCAUAAACUCAGAUGUGAUCGUUGUCAUGGAUAAAGGAGAGAUUGUGGAGAUUGGUUCCCACUCAACCCUGAUAUCAGCAUCCGAGGGAGUUUAUUCGAGACUGGUCCAGCUUCAGAGUGCAAUAGAAAAUUAAUACACUAGCACAUGCAA